AUAUGCCCGUGCUUUCCAGAUGCACCGGAAGCAGCGGCACCAUCUACAUCACUGGUGAAAUGGUAAAUGAAGAGUGGACCGUCAUCACUUUGCAGCUCACCGAUGCAUUCUGUAGCCCAUCUCUUUUCAUCUGUAAUGGUGGUCUCUGGAGGAAUGAUUGCAGUGCAGUCUUCAUGUCCUGGACAGGUCUGAUGAAUGUAAGUGGCUGAUGCUGGUUCGGUGUUUGCGCCAAGAUGCAUCCCACGCAUAUCCUCUGUUGUAAGGCUGGUACCCAAGUGGCCGACAGCCAUGGACAGAUCAAGCUGUGUGGCUCUUAAACCCCUUCCUGAUCGACUGACUUCAUCGUACUUGUUUCAAGACUCAGCUUUAGAGUAUAAGUGGGAGUCUGCAGUAUCUUGUACUACAGUAUCAAGAUCAGCUUUUCUUAGUGGGGAAUUUGAUGUCAAUCCCGAUGCCACCAAAUAAUAACAGAUAAAUUUACUCCCGAACCAGGGUAGAUUAUCCAGAGUUUAUAAAGAAGUAGACAAGUGGCUGAUAAUCUGAAAUUAAAAACAAAAGAGAGGUUCAUGCUGAAUGGAACGCUGAUCCAGAACAUGAAACAAAUGACAGUGGCAAUGGAGAAACAGAGAAACUGGGAAAGAUCCCAGUGUUGGCACUUGGCCUGUCUCUUAGUAUGGCCAUUUAAAAUUUGAGUUUAAAUAAAUGUACCGGUAGCUUGUUUUGUAUUCAUGUUCUUUGUAAUAUAACAAUCAUAUGGACUCAUUGUUUUCGGCUCGGGACUCAUAUAGUCACAAUUAAGAGGAGUCCUCUGAACCAACAAAGACCAUUUUCAAAAUGAAUCACUGAUUAUUCAUUGGCUGUUUAUAAUGACUUCACUUUUAUGUAAGUAAAUGAGCUUAAGGUCAAGAUCUAGUAAAUCAAAGAUGCCUACAGGUUUAUGAAAUUCAAGAUAUAAAUUCUGUUAAUGCUGCUUUAUAACAAUAUGUUUGUUUCAUAGGGUGUACCGGGGCUUAAAUUUUUGGUAGACACAAUGAAAAAUCAUGUUUUAAACAACCAUUGUCUAUGAAAUAUAAAGGAUAAAAGUAGCAAAUCUCAGAGUUUUGUUCAUUUUUGACUAAUGCAAUAUAUCUAGAAUGCCUACAGUCUCUUCAAAAACGGUAUUUAACAAGCUCUUGACUUCCUUUUUAAAAUGAUGUCAAAUUAAAUAUAGGUACCGGGAUUACUUUUCCCAUGAUGAAAUAUAGAAGUCAAAAUAUUGUUAUAUUUUCUAUAUAAUUUCUUUAAAGACGUAAAAUACGGGAAAAGAUUCAUCAAAUCAAUUACGACGUCAUAAUGGUUCUAGCACCAAAAAGACAGUCUGGGAUCAUUUACUAGAUCUUGACCUUAAUUCUACAAUUUUGCACAAAAGUUUGUCAUUGUGUUCUUUAUAUCUAACAUUUUGAAGCAUAGAGUACAGGUCUGCUCAAAUACAAUUUUUACGUGUUUUUGUUCAUAAAAUUGUACAUAUCAUACUAAAAAUUGGUAUUUGAGCAAGCUUGCACCCGAUGUUUCCUAGUAAAAAAACCACCAUAAAACACCCAUAUUUUGAUACAGAACAUCGCUUUAUCAAAAGAAGAGAACGUUAUUUUCAAAAUGUCUUCCACCUUAUUUCUAAAGAUAUUUACAUAACUUGAAUUUUGGGGGCAAAAAAUGCAUAAUAAUGCAUAUACAUGUAGUCCUUAGAAUAUUUUCCUUAAUCUUUAUACAGAACAUCAACCUACCAAGAAGAUUUAAAGCAUUUAUAAAAGUUCAAUUCUGGCAACAACUGCUGAGAUGAAAUUUUAUUGAUCAAACUGAGAUUAUGGUUUUAUAGAGUUGAAGUUAGUGUAGAAAUCUCUCAAGGACCUAGUGAGUGAAUACAGACAAACUCAGAUGCCACUCGCCUUCGAGUUGGACACAAUGGACAGUCUGACGAGUCAACCCAGCACUCAGGCCUCACACCAGCGAGAGUUACAAUACAACUCUGAGCUGACUAACUUUGUGUCCAGACUGACGGAGGAGAAGAUGGAGCUACGCAACACACUGGGACGCCUAGAGGAGGAAAUCUGGAGAUACAGGCAGAGAGGUGCCAAACAACAGAUCCAGCGUCUGUACGGGAAGUACCUGCGAGCGGACAGUUACAGGAAGGCCCUGGUCUACCAGAAAAAGUACCUGCUCUUGUUACUGGGGGGAUUCCAAGACUGUGAGCAGACCACCUUGGCUCUGAUUGCCAGGUCGGGGGUCUACACCUCCCCUGAGGACCUCCAGUGAGGGACCAGGCCCCGCCGACCAGUCACCGCCUUUAGGAGUGCUGCCAGGGUGGUGGUGGCCGUAACUAGGUUACGCACCCAACUCUAACACUUUCUCACCACCCCGCAUCAACACUCAGAUUGAACGGCUCUGGACCCUUCAACAGUCAUGCUUCAUCGCUCCUCCAUUCAAGUGUUCAUCAGUCUCCAUACAGUCCGUCCUAUUUGUCUUCCAGCUUUACUCAGAGAGACCUCCUUAAUGGAGCUUCUCCAUAUCACU